AUGGAAUCGAACCCCCAGCCUUCAGCUAAUGGUCCUCCCCCAAAACCGUGGGAGAGAGCAGGUUCUUCAUCUGGUCCUGCACCUUUUAAACCCCCAUCAGCUGGAAGCACAAGUGAUGUAGUUGAGGCUUCAGGAACUGCUAAACCUGGAGAAAUAGUUUCAAGUUCUGAUAGAAAUGCCACUGUUAAUAGAAAUGCUCUUGCUAGGCCUGUACCCUCAAGGCCUUGGGAGCAGAACUAUGGGAGCAGCAGCAACUACGGAGGCUAUGGUUCCACUGUGAACUAUAACUCAGGUUACGGCUCCGGAAUCUCCGGAAUGUCUGGAAUGUCUGGAAUGUAUGGUUCAUCCUAUGGUGGAACUGGAGGAUUAUAUGGUGGGGGAAUGUAUGGCAACAACAGCAUGUAUAGGGGAGGGUAUGGAGGUGGAAUGUAUGGAUCUUCUGGGAUGUAUGGAGGUGGAAUGUACAAUAGUGGUCUUGGAAGCCAGAUGGGUGGUUAUGGAAUGGGCAUGGGUGGCCCUUAUGGAGGUCAAGAUCCAAAUGAUCCAUAUGGUGGUCCUCCAUCUCCACCAGGGUUUUGGAUUUCAGUACUUCGGGUGACGCAAGGUGUGGUUAACUUUUUUGGUCGAAUUGCAAUUCUCAUAGACCAGAACACGCAGGCAUUCCAUAUGUUCAUGUCAGCACUUCUUCAGCUUUUUGAUCGCUCUGGAUUAUUGUAUGGAGAGCUGGCUAGAUUUGUAUUAAGGAUACUGGGAGUUAAAACAAAACCCAAUAAAGUUCAUCCACAAGGUCCCAACGGGGGUCCUCUCCACGGACCCCAUGGACCCCAGAACUACAUCGAGGGUCCAAGACCUGCUCCGAGUGGUGGUUGGGACAAUGUUUGGGGAAAACGAUACCAGUAA